GUGAUAGUCUCAGCCGCACUGUGAAGGGGGCCGUCCCUGUUGGUGGAGAUCAGCCCGAGGAAGGCCCACCUAGUGAUCAUUUGAAAAUAUCUCCCAUUUAGACGAUAGUGUGACUCGACUGUGCGACUGAAUCAUAAGGGGACAAGUCGACGGCUAUUUGUAAAUAGUUACUCGGCCAAGAUGGAUGUGUUUAUGAAGGGUUUGUCUAAAGCGAAAGAGGGGAUGGCUGUGGCCGCAGAGAAGACCAAGGAAGGAGUUGCGGUCGCAGCUGAAAAGACUAAAGAAGGAGUAAUGUUUGUAGGUAGCAAGGCCAAAGACAGUGUGGGCACAGUGGCUGAGAAGACCACUGGAGCCAUGGGGAACAUCGUUGCCGCCACUGGCCUGGUGAAAAAGGACGAGUUCCCUACUGACAUGAAUCCUGAGGAGUACGGGCAGGAGGCCAUGGAGGGCCAGGGAGAGGCAAUGCUGGAGCCAGAAGGGGAGACAUAUGAUGAGACCCAGCAGGAGAGCCAGGACUACGAGCCAGAAGCGUAAAAGCACCAGUCCAAGCCACCAUCCAACCAGCAGCACAAUAAUAUUUCUAAUAAUAAAAAGGACAAAUGCUGAAAUUAUUACAAUUAUACCCCCGUUGCAAAAAAAUCAACAAAAAAAACCCACAAGCAUUCCCACUGAAAAAUGUUCUUCCUUCAAGACAAAUCUUUUAUUAUUAUAUAUUGUAAAUGUCAUGUUAUUAAUGUAAUGUGUUGGGUGUAGGUAUUUAUUGAGAUGUAGGAUUUGUCCUCUCUGUCUCAUUUCCUUGACUCCCUCCCAAUGAAAUGAGUCCAGAGCCAGGGCUUGUGACUUUGUACUUGUGUGUGUCUGUAUUUAGAAAUGUGCAAUAGAUGUUCAUCAUCUUCCAAUGAGACAUUGGGAGUGGAAAAAAUAAAUAUGUCCGGUUGCAAGCAGAUAUGAAAACAAUAAUAUCCUCCUAAGUGUCGACAAUGCCUGUUUGUGGGUUCUUUUCUUUCUUUUUCUUUUUAUUCUUUUUUUGUUGUUUUUUUUGCAUUUCUUUGGAGAUUUCUUUAAACUUUUUUGAAGUAAGAGUUUUUUACAUUGUAUCUUUAUAGUUGCUUGUGAAAUCAUUCCAGUAAAUCUGUUAGAAAUUGACAGAGUAUACAUGUUUGUGUGUGCGUGUGUUUGUGUGUACUGAAGAUUUUAACAAGUUAAAGUCAAUAUAUUAUGUCUUGAAAUCAUAAUGGUUGUCAAAUCAGUAUGUGCUUUAAAUUGCAGGACUUGUCAAUAUAAAGGUUUAUGUGUUAAGCCAGACAUACAUUCCUCUGUAAAUAAAAAGUAAAAAAAGAAA